AUGGAGGAAGCUGCUCCGCGGCAUCAGCUCGCUGCCAUCUUCGCUAGUCUCGCUCUUUUGCUUUUCGUUGCAGUCAUUGUUCGACGAUGUUUUUUCCAUCCUCUGUCGAACUAUCCAGGACCGUGGUUGGGGAAAUUUACUGACCUACCAACUGUUCUCGCCGUUUUCAGACGAGAGAGGACUUUCAAACAAUAUGAGCUUCUACAAAAAUAUGGUAGCCCGAUCCGUAUGGGUACAAACAAUCUGGUGUUCUCGGACAUGGAAACCUUUGCGCAAAUCUAUGGUCAGAGCUCAAGGCCUUGCCUGAAAGAUCCAGGUGCAUACGAUGGAUUGUCAGCUACAGGGGAAAUCAAUGUUUUAAAUGCGACAGAUCGCCACCAGCACUCACGUCUGCGUCGCUUGAUAUCUCACAGCUUCUCAGUGAAAAGUCUUCUCGAAACAGAAGACUUCCUAAGAGACAAAAUCGACGAGUACGUCUCCGUUUUUGGAGACAGAGAUGGGCAAAGUGUGGAUAUUCUGGAAAGGACAUAUGAGUUGUUUUUGGAUAUUGUGAGCCAAUUGAGUUUUGGGGAGUCUUUCGAUUGUCUCAGUGGCAAAACCCCUACGGCGCAUCAUGAUGUUCAGGCAUUUUUUACAGUGGUGCCAGCAAUGUCAUUUGCUCCUAUUCUUCGGUAUCUUCCAAUCAAGUCAUUCCGAGAAGGUUUAAAGGGCCUCGGCAGACUUCAAGAGUUUAGUCGAGCUCAUGUGGCAGCUUAUAUGGCCCGUUCUUCGGAGAAACCUGACUUCGGGCCUAAAGGGAGAUUUUUACAGAAUCUUGCGCUGUCGAUAGACGCGGAGACUGGAACAAAGCUGACACAACAGGAGCUCGUGGAGAACGCCAUCAUAUUUCUCACAGCUGGCUCUGGAACCACGGCUGCGACGACGAUAUAUCUUAUCUGGGAGUGUGGAAGACACCCUGAGGUCAGGAAAAGACUUAUUGAAGAAAUCAGAGAACGGUUUCCAGAUCCUUCAGUGAGACCAUCUUACGAAGAAGCCUCGAAGUUGAAAUAUCUAGGUUGUGUAAUUGAAGAAGUUCUUCGCCUGCGUGGGCCGCUCAAUAGUGGGGCUCCUCGAGUGUCGCCGGGGAAGUUGAUCGGAAGUAAAUGGGUACCAGAGGGCAUCACGGUCGAGACUAACAGCUAUGUCACGGCACGAGACCCAAAAGUCUUCCCUGAACCGUUGGAAUUCCAGCCCUCACGUUGGGAAGAUGCGACUGAAGAAAUGAGGCAGAUGUCUCGGCCAUUUAGCUAUGGACCAAGAAAUUGCGUUGGACGUCACUUAGCGGAGAUGGGCCUGUUUCUCACGGUAUCCCGUCUUUAUCAGUUAUACGACAUCGUUCCUGAUCCAAACAUCCAGCCUGAAGACAUGAGGCAGCUUGACUUUGGAGUCCUAGAGCCUGCUUGUCGCAACUUUCAUGUUAGACCUGUCCAGCCACCUACCAAGCGGUGA